AUGCUGAUUCGCUUUUCGGAAAUGCACCCGACCGCCCCCUUUGACCGCUACUUCUCUGUGUCUCUUUUGCGCCUCGCCAAGUCUUUCACACGUUACUGCGCGCAGACGAUCGGAAAUCAUUGUCAGAAGGGCAUGGCGGGAGUGAUUAACCAAGAUUUUGACUCUCCAAAUACCCUGGCCGCUUACAAGGCCAAAGCUGCAGCGACGAACUCAAGCCUCGUACCCCUCACGCGCCAUAUUGACGGCUAG